AUGGAGUCACCAUCCCUGGAGGGGUUCAAAUCCAUGUGGAUAUGGCACUUGAGGACAUGGUUUAAUGAUGAUGACUUUGAUCAGUUUGAUAAGCCUGGUGCAGAAAGGUCUUGGAGAAGAAGAGCUGGGGAUGAUGACUGGGACAGUGAACUUGAUGAUGACUUGCUUGGAGAGGAUUUGCUAACUGGAAAAAAGAAUCAGUCAGACUUGUCAGAUGAAGAGCUGAAUGAUGACCUUCUGCAAAGUGACAAUGAAGAGGAACAAGAAUUUCGCUCUCAAGGAGUCACAGUUAGCCUAAAUGCUACAUCUGGCAUGCUGACAUCAUAUGAGCUCUCUGAGACCAUCAACGAUCCAUCACUAGAACAUGAGUCUGAGUAUGACCAAGGGGAGGAUGAAAUUGGUUAUGACAAAUCUGAAGCACCUGAAGUGUAUGCUUCAGAAUAUGCAGAGGAAGGACAUUAUGAAGGCAAUGAUCCUGAACUGACAGAAGACCAAAUAGAAUAUGGGGAAGAGCCUGGAGAAGAAGAUGAAGUGCUAGACCUUGAAAUCAAUGAACCCCUAGAUGAAUUUCCAGAUGAAGAUUACAUGCAGUCAUACAAUGAGCAAGGAAUAGAAGAGCAGGAAGAAUAUACAGCUGAUGAGGAGCUUGAAGAAUCCCAGACAAUGGCAAAUGAAUCAGAAGAGGCAGCAAUUGGAUCUCUGGAACUUCAAGAAGAAAGAAAAGAGGAAUCUGAUGAAGAGGAGGAUGAUGAUGAAGAGUCGGGACGAUUACGUUUCAAAACCGAACGGAAAGAAGGAACUAUAAUUAGGCUCUCAGAUGUGACAAGAGAAAGGAGAAACAUUCCAGAAACAUUGGAGCUUUCUGCAGAAGCCCAGGCAGCAUUACGUGAAUUCGAAGAGAGGGAAAGGCAGCUCAAACAGGGACGAUACGGCUCAAGGAGAGGAGGGCGAAGAGGAGGGUCGGUGAUGUGCCAUGGAAUGGGAGAACAAAGGAGAGACAAUGACAGGGGAAGAAUGAAGGAUCACAGGCCUGCACUGCUGCCAAACCAGCCACCAGCAAUGCAUCAGCAUCAUUCUUCUCCUCCUCCAGGGCUACAUAUGCCCCCUCAGAUAGAAACGCCUCGAAUAAUGAUGACUCCACCUCCAGUGACACCUCAGCAACCGAAGAACAUACACAUAAAUCCACAUUUCAAGGGGACAGUAGUGACACCUGUACAAGUGCCCUUGCUGCCAGUUCCAGCCCAGCCAAGACCUGCUGUAGGACCCCAGAGAUUUCCUGGCCCUCCAGACUUCCAGCAGCAUACACCUGGACCAGUUCCUACCAACUUCUCCCAAGCCCCAAGGCUGCCAAUCCAGGACCAGUGGAGAGGGCCACCCCCACCACCUCCACCACUCCCUCCUCCACCUCCUCAGGAUAGAGAUCCUUUCUUUUUAGCAGAUCCAAGGUUUCCGGGUCAUCCCUUGUUUGAGCAGCGAAGCCCUCCCCCACCACCACCUCCUCCACUUCUCAACAGCGCCCAUCCCGUCCCUGCCCAGAGCCCCAUGCCGUUCACCCAGCCUGGGCCAGCCUUUAACCAGCAGGGCCAGCAGCCCGUGUACCCCAGAGAGCGGCCGGUGCGGCCCAACAUGCAGCCCCAAGGUCCCGUGGGGAUCCUGCACUUCAACCAGCCAGGCUCGGCCAACCCGCGCCCCUUCCUCCCGCCGCGGCAGCAGUUCCUGCAGGCUCCAGGGCAGCCCUUCCUCUCCCCGCACACGCAGCCCAGCAUGCAGGGUCCCAUGCAUCCUCCAUUACAGCCUCAGCCACAACCUCAGCCUCAGCAGCACCAUCACCAGCAGCAGCCACAGCACCAUCACCAGCAGCAGCAGCAGCAGCACCAUCAUCAUCUCCAAGGGCCACCACAACCCUUGAUGCCCAUGAACCAGCCACAAUUCAGGCCUCACAUGCAGGCCGCACAGCAACAGCCAAAUAACAACAGGAUGCAGUGUCAGCCACGACAGGGUCCAAUAAAGCCAAGGCAUAGUACACCAUCACAGAAUAUUGUCAAGCGUCCCAAUCAGCAGCUGCAGACAACUGCUCUGAGGAACAGUAACUUGCGCGAGUUGCCGAUAGCACCAUCACAUGCCAUGGAAAUGAGCAACAACAGGCGAACCUCUACCCCAGCUGCUCAGGUCAAACCCAUUACCAGCACCGUGUCUGCCACCAAGCCUGUCACUGGUGGUGGUGGAAACUCCCAAGGAAGGCCUGAGAUGAAAGCUAAAGCAGUCACACCGGUGGGUCAAGCAAAGUCCGAAGGAAAAUCUGAACCAGAGUACCCAGACGAAGAUGAAGAAACCAGGUUGUAUCGUCUGAAGAUAGAAGAGCAGAAGCGCCUAAGAGAAGAAAUCCUGAAGCAGAAGGAGCUGAGACGGCAGCAGCAGGCUGGGGCCAGGAAGAGAGAAUUGCUGGAAAGACUUGCUCAGCAGCAGCAGCAGCAGCAGCAACAACCUUCUACGCCACAGUCCUACAUGCAGCACGAGGAUGACUCCUCUGAGUUCCCCACCAAUGGCAGCCCUUACAUACCCCACUCUGGCUUGCAGACCAGGCACAACGUGAAAAACAGACUCCUUGUUAGAAAGCAAGACACAGUAGUUCCAAAUAUCCAACCCAAACCCACAGAUUUCCCCCAGGGCACAGGGGAUAUGCAGUACCCAGGACAGCAGAUGAAGCCGGUGAAGCAGCUGAGGCAGACUAGAACAGUUCCUCCAAGUCAGCCUCAGGCACCACAGAAAGUGUUACAGACAAAACCUGCUGCGGCGUCGCUGCCCACGACGCAGACGGCUCGAGUGGCUUCGGUGCAAGCAAGGCCCCAGGAGCAGAAACCUGGUGUGAAAAGGACUGUGAUGCAGCGGACAAACAGUGGUAGUGAUGGGCCCCAUGUCGGCAGCAAAGUCAGGGUGAUUAAAUUGUCAGGAGGGCAGGGGGGAGAGGAUGCUGGCUUUUUUCACCCAGAGGGCCAGCCCCAGCGGCCCCAGCAGCCCCCGGAGCCGAAACAGCAGCCAGUGCGGAAGGUCACAUUGACAAAGGGAAUGAUGCAGCAGCACCUACAGCAGCAGGAGGCACAGAUCCAUUCACCAGCUCCUCAAGGAGUCAAAAACAUCCAGGGAAUCCAUCAGCCUAAAAAGGUCAUUAUGCACGGCAGAGGCAGAGGAGUAGCAGGCCAGAUGGGCCGAGGACGCUUGAUGCCAAAUAAACAGAACCUGCGAGUGGUGGAGUGCAAACCUCAGCCCUGUAUUGUGUCAGUUGAAGGGCUUUCUUCAUCAACUACUGAUGUCCAACUGAAAAACCUGCUGAUGUCAGUGGGACCCAUUCAGAGUUUACAGAUGCUUCCUCAACAGCGGAAAGCCAUAGCAAAAUUUAAGGAGCCAGCACAUGCUUUAGCAUUUCAACAGAAAUUCCACAGGCACAUGAUAGAUCUGUCCCACAUCAAUGUGGCCCUGAUUGUUGAGUGAUGUCUGCUGAGAGGAGCCCUGACACUAACUGAAGCAUCCUGUGGAGCUACGUGAGACACAGUGACGUAACCACCGAGUUGUGAAACCUCUCAGCUUACUCUUUAAUUGCUCUGGUGAACUACACAAAGCACCGGGAUAUCCUCCAGAAGAGCUGAACUUGAGAGGAUCUGCAAAGGUGGAAUUUCUGUUCAGUUUCUUCACAUUCUGUUGUAACCACAUGGAAUUAUAGAUAUUUUUUUUUUUCCAAAAUGCUUUCAAUGCAUGUAGACACUGUUCUUCAAGAUUCUACUGUGUGACCACAGUGACUUGAGAGAGAACGUUUACAGCGAAAGAUUCAAAAACUUUCUUCAUAGCAAAGAAUAUUUGAUAAUGGUUGCUCUUAUCUUCAGUGCGAGGUAUUUGAGUGAAAACUCAUUUUUUCAAACAAAACACAUUAGUUGCAUUGUGUAUCUGGGAGCACAGAAGGUAUUCUUGCAUAGAUUUGAACGUGGUCUGCUUCACUGAAUAGCAGUUUGCUGAGAAGCUUUGGAGGUGACGCCGGAAAAUUGUAGUUUUGAUCUUUGUAAAUAAGUCUGUCUUUGAAUUUUUCUAUUCCAACAUAGACUUCCAUCUUCCCUUUCCAACUCCACUUAUCCCAUAAAACCCUGUGUAGGAAUAACACUGCUGUAUUUUCCCAUGGUUUUUAAAAACAAGGAUCUUCGCCCUUCAGUAGCAUCGUGGGGUAGUGAACUCCAAGUUGUAACUGGGUUGUUUUAAAUAACACUGCCAGAUACAAGGAAAAGAAAUAUUUGG